ACGCAUACAGGCUAGUAACGGCACCAUAGAGUGCGGAACUUCACGGUCUGGGGGGGGGGGGGGGGACAGACCUGAAGGACCACACGUCCCAGAAUGCAUUGUUCCGGAAGUCCUCUGUUGUGUUCGCUGUCAACUCAGGAGUUAAAGAUGUUACCUGUGCUGUACAACGGCUGGUGAGGAUGAUCCAAAGUGAGGAGGAAGACGAGUUUGUUGCUGUGCGGGUCCAAGACCCAAGAGUACAAAAUGAGGGUUCCUGGAACUCCUACGUGGAUUUUAAAAUAUUUCUUCAUACCAACAGCAAGGCCUUCACAGCAAAGACUUCUUGUGUGCGCCGGCGCUACAGCGAAUUUGUCUGGCUGAAGAAGAAACUUCAGAAGAAUGUAGGGCUGGUGCCUGUUCCUGAGCUGCCCGGCAAGAAUUCCUUCUUUCAUUUCAACAAUGAGGAGUUCCUAGAAAGGCGCCGGAAGGGCCUUCAACAGUUCUUGGACAAGGUGUUGAGCAUGACAGUGUGCUUGUCGGACAGCCAGUUGCAUCUCUUCCUGCAAACACAGCUGCCAUUGGGACACAUCGAAGACUGCGUGCAGGGACUCACUCCCUAUACAGUGACAGAAGCCAUUCUGACAUACGCCUCCUCCAAUCGCGGCUGGGUUCAGGAGGAGGGCGGGGCCUGGCAGGACAGCCUGCUUACAGUUUCUUAUGAGUCAGCAGACAGCCCCAUUCCUCAUGUGUCUUUGCUACGAGGAUGUUGUAAGGCUGAGGUCCACAUAAACACAACCGGUGAAGUUGACAGCUGUGAGGAAGAUGCUUAUAUGUCGGACCCCCCCAAGAUGAACAGACAUAAAGCCGUUUGCAGCAGUACCAAUGCCGUUGGGUUUCUGGCCUCUGACGCUGCCCCAGUGACCAAAAUAAGCAAUUGCAACAAUGUGAAUAGGGCUUGUGAAACUGAGCACACAAUGGAACCCUGCGGUCAAGAGAAUGAUGUCCAUCACACCAGUGAUAAAUACGACGUGGACGAUAUCUUGGAGCCCAAUGGCCGAGAGGAGACCAACACAACUGAUACCCAUAGCGAGACCGACAGCCAGUCAGAGAGCACUUAAUGGAGAGCUUACGUAUGUCAUGUUUACCAGAUUGAGUAGAAGGUCAGGUAAAAUGUGCAGUCAUGGAUGGUGAAGUUUAUCUGCUCUGAAUAUUGUACUGUGAUGUUCAUCCUGCUACAGAUUCUUGCUGCUUCUUGUUCCGGCUCAGUUUCUCUGGUAGCAUUGCACACUGCUGUUGUAAUCAGGCCAUCUUGAUUAUGCUCGAUUAAGUAUCACCUCUGCAGAGUUAGCCUCCUUGUGUGCGGAUGGUGUGUAUUUCCUUAGGUUCUUUUCAUUGCACUAAUUUCUUCAUUCACGCUGUCCAUAUAUUGUCAAGUGGUGGCAAAGUAGACUAGUUCUUUAAACUCGACACACGUGAUUAGAAUUGCCGUUGGCAGGAGCAGAAAAACAGCUCUAUUAUGGUGAUUGACAGUUGAGUUGAUAUAAGGAUGAUGACUUGAUAGGCAUCCAGUGUCGUGAAUGAGUUUUCAUUCUUGAGGAAAUGUGUUAUACUAUUCUAGGCUUUUUAGUUUGCUCUACUGUGACUUAGCACGCAUACUGCUGGCGAAGGGUCCUGAAUAUGGUAUGCUUAAUCCUUAAUAUGGUGUUUUCUGUACCAGUGUAAAAGUAUUUGUCAUAGGCUGUCUUAAGGAAAGCAGCUCAUACCCAUUACGUCUGGGUACUUUAAACAAAAAGCUAUAAUGUCUUUAAUUUGAAGCAAUUUCCAGGACCAUCUUGCUUUCUGCCUGUUGGCUUCAGAAAGUGAUCACACUGGAUAAUUUUUCUUGAUCAGUUGGACAUAUAUUUACCUUGCCCAUACAGAGAACUCUACAGUUUCUUUGCAUUUUAACACCAUAACUUUGAAAAUGUGAAUUAUUUUUUUCUUUCCCGAAGUUGUCCAUGGACUGCUGGUCAGAAAUGGCUUUAACUGCUAUCCAAAGUGAGUCCAGGUUUCCCUUCAGAGUUGACAGCAACAGAAUAUGAAAAGGGUGAAAUUUGCUUCUUGUUUUUUUAGGACACUACACUCAUCAGUUGAAGGGGUUGGACUUCAGGUUGAGCUUAUGCUUAAAAACAUACUGUAAUUUUGGGUAUUUGCGAUGCAUGAACAGUAGGGUGCGCGUCAGUCUUAAGGUUCCCUUCCCCGCAUUUGUACUGAAAUGCCUUUCACCAGACCUGUUGCUGACUCUUGCGCUAGCUGGCUUCGGAAUCAGUUUACUGGAAUGGUUUGGGCAUGCUUGGUACAGACAUCUGUACUCAGUAUCUGGAUUGUAAUGUGUAUCUAGUGGUAAAACACUUGUAUGUUGGCUAAAAGUGCUAACCCAGUUCACUGCUGUUCAUUUUAAAAGGGACUGUGUCAAUUUUCUCCUUCACUGACAUGUCUGUUUCACUAUUUUGACUUUGCUUGCAAAAGGGAAAUGUCCAUAUGUGCCACUGUAGUCUUAGUAUUUGUACAAAAUUUCUGAACUGAAGAGACAGGAUUUUUUGUUUUGUCUGAACCCUUUUAUUGUGCAUUUUUAUCAUAUAGAGAGGUAGUCAAAUAUGUCUGGCCACACCCAUUUUCACAAGAUGAAUUAUUGUGUGUUUUAUGUAGAAUUACGAUUUGGUUGUGGAAUUGAUUUUAAAGGGCUGUUUGAAUUUAUAUUUAUAUUUUGUUAGCCAAAAUAAUUGCAUAACAGCUUAUUUUAUUAAAUUGGCCUAAAUUCUGAGUCAAUGACUUGAUGCCACAAUGUUGUGAUUUACUUUUAAAAAAUUUUAUCUUCAUGUUCCCUUAAGGGCUUGCUAACUGCUCAGCAUUUGUCAGUUGUAAUGAAAGCGGACUCACACUUUGCCAUGGCGUGUAAAAUGUAUUUCAGCAUUCGAUACUGUAUGUCACAUACCUGCAUUAGAGUUCUUUGGAACUACAGACUUCUGUGAAUUGCGAUGUACUACUUUGUGUGUCACCUGCUGGUGGAUAAUACAUGCUUUGCACACAUGGUUGCCAGGGUGUGUUGCUGCAUUGGGAAAAGCUUACAGCCGGGUAUUAUAUGAAUAUAUUGUAACCUGGAAACUGGACUUAUUUCCUGUUCCCAGAUCAGGAAGGAGGAAGACGGGGAAAAACACACCAGCCACGUUUAGCUAUUUGCUGUUUUUGUGUCCUUUGUUUUCCCCUCCCGACUGUGCUGCCUUAACAUGCUUUUAUAAGUGCAGAGGACUUAACAAAUGCAAACUCCUGCUGUAACGUUUCGUGUCCAAGUCGGAAAGAAAAUAAAGCUCAGGUAAAGCCUUAUAAAUAUGAA